AUGUACAUACACACACAGAAACAUAUACACACACACACACACAUACAGACACAUGUAUACACACCCAGGCACGUACAGACACGCAUACACACGCACAGACACAUACAUACACACAGACACAUGUACAUACAUACACAUGUACACACACACACAUACAUGUACAUACACGCAGACACAUGUACAGAUACACACAUGUACACACACCUACACCCCUAUAAAAAGUUGCAGUGCUUCGUUGUUCACUCACAGAGCCGGGUACUGCACUCUAGGGGGAGGCAGAGAGCACAGCACACACUUCUUGCUUUGCUAUCACUGCUCUCAGCUAUUGAGCAGUCUGACGGCUCCCAGUGCCACUGACAGAUCCGGCCUGAGCUCCGAGCCUGCUCAGCAAGACGGCCCUGGGGGACACACUCGCCCUCACCAUAAAUUCCACUCACCAUUGGCGAGCAGGCGAGUGGAAAUUUUAAGGCCUGUGCUAAGUUAUUAAUAUGUCA